AGCUGCUAACACGGCUAACUGCUGCUAACAGAGCUUACUGCUGCUAACAGAGCUAACCGCUGCUAAAACGGCUAACUGCUGCUAACAGAUCUUACUGCUCCUAACAGAGCUCACUGCUGCUAACAGAGCUCACUGCUGCUAACAGAGCUAACUGCUGCUAACAGAGCUAACUGCUGCUAACAGAGCUUACUACUGCUAACAGAGCUAACCGCUGCUAACACGGCUAACUGCUGAUAACAGAGCUAACUGCUACUAACAGAGCUAACUGCUGCUAACAAAGCUUACUGCUGCUAACACGGCUAACCGCUGCUAACACGACUAACCGCUGCUAACACAGCUAACUGCUGCUAACAGUGCUAACCGCUGCUAACAGAGCUAACCGCUGCUAACAAAGCUAACAGCUGUUAACAGACCUUCACCUAACACCAGCAGAUACUAUUAAUACACAUGUUAGCAGCUGUUAGCAGCGGUAACUUAGGCCUGCCAACUUUGUCACUAUGAAAUAAGGGACACAAGGUGACCUGCCGGGGACCCAGGCUGACCUCCGGUCUGACGACCAGCAGCGAUGGCGGGUCGAGGUGGGAGGACGAUGAGCUUCAGUAUGGACGCUGUCGGCAUCAACAGAGGAGACAGUUUACCUCCCAGCAUGCAACAGCCGACGCCUGCUUUCCCUGCGAUGGAGCAGAAGCCCCUCCCCCUGGCAGGUGGGGAGGAGGCAGAGUAUCUGUUGGCUCUCAAACAGGAGUUCAGAGGCGCCAUGAGGAGUCGACCUUGCUUCAUCCAACCAGCCGCUGCACGCAGAGACGUGGAGAGGUACUCUGAUAAAUAUCACAGCAGCGAGCAGACGGACACUCAGCUGGACUGGACUCCAGACCUGAAGAGAUUUCCCAGAGAGCUCAGAGUCCUCGUCAGGAAACCUCACAGAGACGGCGUGACUGUGAGUCGCUCUGUCGCUCCAUGUGACCAGAAGAAGAAGCGAGUGAAAGAGAAGGAGGAAGUUCUGCUCACACUGGAGAGUCAGACCCUGGAGAAGAAGGAGCAGCAGAGUUCAGAGGAGGAGGAGGAGGAGAAGAAGAAACAGGAGGAGGAGGAGGCCGAGGUAGAGGAGGAGUACGAGGAAGAGUUCGAGGAGGAGACGGACUACAUCAUGUCCUACUUCGAUAACGGAGAGGACUUCGGAGGAGACAGUGACGACCCCAUGGAUGAGGCUAUUUACUGAAACACACACACACACACACACACACACACACACACACACACACACGCACACACACACACACACACGGUGUCAGCAGCGUCUGUUCUGACCUGAGUGGCCUGCAGGAGGCGCCACUGUCUGGUGGAGGAGACCUGAUCAUUCACUCAGUGACUUAAUCAAUGAAACUGGAAAUAAUGUGUGAAAACUCGUCAUCGGAGGGAAUGUUGUUGGAGAAUUGACUGUUGAAUGUGAUGAUGAUCAUAAUCAUAAUAAACAGCAGGUUUUAGGCGAGGUCAUCGUUUCCUGUCUCUACAUGACGGACAGUUCAAUUCUUAUUUUAUUGUAUACAGUCGGUGAUCAUCUUUAUAUACAGUCACCGAUCGUCUUUAUACACAGUCAGUGAUCGUCUUCAUAUACAGUCAGGGAUUGAUGAAUUAAUCAUGUUAUAGAUAAAACACAUUAUACAAUAAUAAAACAAAUGAACAAACUUCAGUUCAAUUAAAUACAAAUGUUAUCAUGAGUGAGUACGUUGGCACGUCUGAUAUAAAUGUUUCUUAAUCAAUAUUGUCCUGCUUCGUCCACAAACAGUCAUAUGUAACGUUCUUUAUGGUCAAACAAUCUGCACACAGCCCGACAACUGCUGACUCAGACCAAUCAGAACCUCCCAGGAGCAGUGAGGCACUGAGUUCUGCUCAGUCACCAAACAGGUUUCACUUGUUGGAGCCCUGGAAGAGACCAGGGACGACACCAUCCCAAAGAUCUAGUAGCCAGUAUACACACCACUAAAGGUACAUGAUACAAAAUUCAAUACCACGGUUUAAAACAAAGUACAGGAACAAUAAUUCUUAAACAAUUACUCCUUUAUUAAAACAAUAUUUGAACAUUAACAACAAUAGUGUCAUGUAGCCUUCAAAUAAUAAAUGAAAAGAAACAAUUUAACGCUACAAAAAAGAUGCACUAUGCAAUCCACUUUAUUAUGGCACAGCUCGACUGUUUUUAAACCUCAUGGCUUCUAGAUAUAAUAAAUACAAAUAAGCAACUCUUCAUAUGGUUGAAAAUAAAAACAGUGGCAGAUAGUCUUCAAGUAUUUCAAACAAUACUUGGAUGUAGAAUCAUAUUGUGUGAAGAGCUUCUGAUGUGGUGCUGACUCUGCUCCUGGUGGCCCCCUCCUCCACACUUUGAAUAUGAUGUUAAUAUGAAUUGAACUCUUUGAACUGAUCUUGAUGUCUGUCUGUCAGCUGGUGACUCCGUGGUUUGAAAUGCACAACGUCAUCGUUUGCAUAUCAUCCGCCUCUUGUCGGGACGGAUCACACCUCGUUCUUGUCCAGUGUGCUGGAGGGAGUUCUUCUUCUUCUCACUAAAAACAAAAGAAAACAAAAACGUACAAUAUGAUUAGAUUCUCCCUCAUACCUUUAUUUUUCCCUGAGGUUCUGUAUGAAAUGACUUUAACAUUCGUUCGGCGAGUCUUGCUGUGAAAUGUCCACACUAUUCAGUUUCAUCUUUCUGAGAUUCUGCCUGAGUCGUGUUCUCUUGGUCCCAUAUGUUUGACAGUGUAAUCUGAUGUGUUCUAUCGUUGUACACUUUCCUGAGUUAUGUUUUCCUAUUUUGAAUAGUGUACUAUUAGGUCCGGUAUUUCCAAAUCUGAGUCUUGUUAUGAUUGUCUCCUCUGUUCCAUAGCAUCUCCCUUUCCUUUCCUUCUCCCACUGUUUUUGCCAAAUGCUUCUCAAUUAUCAUUCCCCUGAUUUCUGUUGUGCUCAUGCUCACUGUGAUGUCAAUCACAUGAUGUCUUUUCCUUGUCGCCUGCUUUGCAAUUUUGUUUUGCAUUUCAUUUCCUAUUAUACCCAAAUGUGCUGGAACCCAAAGGAAAUGUACCGUGAGACCCAUCAUGUGCAUUUUGUACAGAGUUUGUUGUAUUUCUAUUAAAAUGUCUUUCCUACUGUC